GGUCGGCGCGGGCUGCGGAGACGUUGUCGCGGGGCGGCGGGACCCGGGUCACGGGCCGGCGCCGGCGUACGGCUUGGCGGGGGUUCCGGGCCUGUGAGGAGGACUGGAGCGACCGCCGCAGAGUAGCGCCCAAGAUUUGUAGGUAAAAGAUGGCCAAGGAAAGAUGCCAGAAAAAGUCUUUUCAGGAUAGUCUUGAAAACAUAAAGAAGCGAAUGAAAGAGAAAAGGAACAAAAACUUGGCAGAGAUCGGCAGACGCAAGUCCUUCAUAGCUGCACCCUGCCAAGUGAUCACCAACACUUCUACAUUGCUGAAGAAUUACCAGGACAACAACAGAAUGUUAGUUGUAGCUUUGCAAAAUGAAAAAUUCAAAGUACGAGAAGCCGAAGAAGUGAUACUACAGCUAAGAAAAGAAUGCUACUACCUCAUGUGCCAACUGUAUGCAUUGAAAGAAAAGCUCACUUCCCAACAAACAAAAGAAACAGUUCAGAACCAGGAGAUAUCUCCCUCUAAAAUGGACUCCAGUGGUGACAGCAGUUCCUGUGAUUUAUCAGUGAAGGAUUUACGGCAAGUUCCUCCUCAAGAAAUUGACCUUCCAGGACACAAGGAGUCAUUCGAAGUAGAAGAGCAAAUAACUGCUUUUUCUCAAGAUGCACUUGGAUGUGAUUUGGAUACAAGUGAUGCUAAAUGUUCUGAUGAUGUCUUACCCAGGACAGUAUCUCUCCGUCGCCAUUUAAGAAAAGACUUUCAUAGUUUAAGUGAAUGUAGUCCCUUGGAGAAUUUUGAAACCAGUCAUUUUACAGGGCCAUCUGUUGAACUGGAAAGUGUUAAAUACAUAGACCCAACAGUAAACGUGCGCAUACUUGAAAAUACACAAGGAAAGUUUUGUCAGUGGAAUAAAGACCAAAUUAACAAGUCACCAAGGCCAAUUCACCCAAGAAACUUUACCAAAACAAAAGAAAUCAUUUUGGACCCUAAACCUGAACAAAUUAAAAGUAAGUCUAACAACACACAAAGAAAAAGAGAAAAAAAAAGAAAAGCCCAAAGAAGAAGGUCAGAAUCUAAAUCAAAGAAUAAAGGAAACCAAAGUGGAAAUAAGCAAACUGUUUGCAAAAAAAAUAUGGAUGAUGCUGUCAGUUCCAAUGAUGCUUACAAUUUUAAUUUGGAAGAGGGUGUUCACCUCACUCCUUUCCGACAAAAAAUGAACAGUGAUUCUACUAGAGAAGAAAAUAGCAAUCAGUCUGAAGCAAGCAAUUGUGAAUCUAGUGUUUCUGAAAAUGACUCUGAUGACCUCUAUCUACCCCCUUGCAAGUACACCUCAAACCGGGACAGCCAACCGGACAGACCAGUCACCAGGCCUCGGUCUAAAAGAGCACUGACGUACAUGGAUAAAGAAGACAAGGAAGGUUCUCAGCCAACAACUCCUACUAGUGCACCUCCAGAGGCUCCCCAGACACCCCGCUGUAGCCUGAAGGAGAUCACCAAUGUCCCCUUAUAUCCUGUAGUCAAAAUCAGGAGACUUUCUCUUUCUCCAAAACGGAAUAUAGAAAGCACAGCACAGUCUCUUCCUAAGCGCAGGUGUGCCACCAUGGUGAGCUACAAGGAACCAACAUUAGCUUCGAAACUAAGAAGAGGGGAUCCUUUUACAGAUUUGUGUUUCUUGAAUUCGCCCAUCUUCAAGCAGAAAAAAGAUUUGAGACGUUCUAAGAAAAGUACGAAGCAAAUACAAAAAACGUUGGAUGCUAUUUAAAUUUAUCCUCUACCCCCUUCUUUCUAUUGCUUACAUAGAGAAUCUGUGAAAUAGUACACAGGUGGAUAGAACAGAAUAUUUGAAUAUUUUGUUAACAAGACACUAAAUCAUGAAGAUGUCUUCAAAACAAUACUUUUUAAUUGUUUAGAAUUCUUGUGCUAUUUACUUCAAAACAGCUGUGUUUUACAAAAUUACAUUAAUCUGCCUAUUUUUUCCUAAAGGCAUAGGCUGAUAAGUAUACUAUAGUAAAGAACUUUGUAAGAUGAGAAUCUUUUGAAACUCCUUAUGUAAUUUUUGAAUAGAAAAAAAAAUCCUUGGUACUCCCAGGUAAAGUUUUGUGGAUCCCUUAUGUGCCACUAUUGGGUUUGUUUUAAUCUUGGUUUUGUCCGAGAUGUUGCUGUGUAGUCCAGGCUAGCCUCAAACUUAAAAUUGUCCUGUGUCAACCUCCUAGGUGGGGAUUUCAGGCAUGUGCCACCAAGCCUAGCACCACUGUUGCAUGUAAGUUUUCAGAUAAUACAUUUGUAGGAUCAUGAUUAGAGAAUCACUGGUUAUUUAGGUUCAGUGACUGGUUAUGAGCCCUAAGUGUAUGUUGUUCAAUGAUUGCUUGGCAAAAUCACAAGUUACAGACUUUUAGAAAAGCUCUUUAGUCAGACAUCUUAGAUGUGUGAAUAUUAAGGGCUAUUUUUAAUCAGCCAAUGAGAAUUAAUUUAGAAAUUUUAACAUGUAUACUUAAUAUAUACCUUUUUAAACUUCAAAUCACUAAAAGGAUCAAAAGCCCUGGGCGCUGGAGG